AUGAAGGACCCCUGUUGUCCAUCAGGCAAAAAACCCGCGACCGAAAUCUUAGUUCACAUCACAGCCCCCAGCAGGUCAAAAGAUGACGCUACAUACCGAGCGCUCGCUAACGCAUAUCUCGACUUCGAGCCCACCACGCGUACAUCAGUGUUCAGCAAGACGAUAUCACCAAAUGUCGUUGUCAAGGAGGCUGUCGCGCGGCCUCGGCCCAUUGGAAAUGGGUCCCUAGGGCCCUCGACGCAGCCAAACCAGAUUAUCCGGUCGUCUGGAAUAGCAGGAUUCGUCGAAACCCCGGUGCUAUCAUGGCGCGACGCCGCGAACAAUUUGGCUUCGCCGAGCUUGCGCAUGAGGCACGAUGAGAGGCACGAUGAGCCCAGUCAAAACUCACAGCUUUCAUGGCAACCUCCUCCCAGUGUUGUCCAGGAUUCACUACCAGACAAUAAUGUGACCUUAUCUCAGUUUUGCACACCGACAAGGCUGUUGGAGGACUAUUUGCAUCCUAGCGAUUCCAGUCAGUCCCUAUCACCAGUCAUUGAGAGGGCCCCGAGAGCACAACAAUCAACAGCCGCCCCGGUCCAGAGUCAGUAUGAAGGGGACUCGACAUUCCCCACCAUCAGCCAUAUCUCGCAGCGCCGACAGGUCGUUGGUCAUGGAUCUCGCGUAGCACUUCCACCACCGGGUUCUUCUUUUCGAGGGAAUAGUCAGGAACUUCCAGUGGAGGACAUCCAAAGUGUUUUGAGUCCGCCGGUAAACGCGACCGAGGAACCUCACGUUUCGGCGCCAUCAGAAAGGGGGUCAUCAUGUUAUCAAGUCAGCAGGCGCAUUCCAACCACAGAAGGUUCCCCCAGACGUCAAACACCACCAGAUCCCAGAGCGAAAGUGAUACCUCUCUCGCCAGUAGUAAACGCCAACAACAAGCGCCCCCGACCCGUCCCGCGUGGACUUUCACCCUCUUCUCGAGACAGCGAGUUCAUGAUAGCAUCAUCACAGCCUGCCGCCCAAGAACAAGUUCCGCCCGCCGACACUAUCAUUAGCAAAGGAGGACCACCCAAUCCAUCUUUAUCAUCACCCCGUACCGAAUCCGAGCCACCACCCACCAAGCGUCGCCGCACAUCUCCCGAGCCAGCGCCAGCACCGGCAUCAUCGUCACGAGCAGCCACAUCCGCUUCAUUGACAUCUUUACCCGCCCCCUCAUCCUCCGCAAACCCAAUCUCAAGCUCCGGCAAGCCCCUCGCCCGCUCAACCAGCGACAUCGGUCCCCGUCAAGACGCCGUCAAGACUCACCAAAUCGCCCAACGAAGCGCCCACCUCUCAUCCGUCCUCGAGCUCCACUCUCCCUGCGCCCCGACAUCCGAUCACGUAUUCGACCUCUCCUCUUCUUCUUCAGGGGAAAAAGAAAGAGCAAAAACCGACUCCUCACUGAUAACCCCCGUCCUCGCCAAGCUCGCCACCGACCUAAACCUCCCCAAGCGGUACCAACCCUCGCUUCAGACGCGCGCUCUGCGCCCUUACGAGCGGGGCUACUGGCUGGUGGACUGCACAUCGUGGGACCGCGAGCUCAAGGAGUCGUGCUGGCUCUUUCUGGCGGACUACCUGGGCAGCGGGGCGGCGGGCUGGGGGGUCUGGUGCACGCGGGACGAAGGGUUCACUCGGUUGAGGAUGUAUUGCUGGGGCGCGGUGGUGGGACAUCUGUACCUUGUCUUGUACAUCAUUAGCAAGCGGAAGGUGCUGUAUACGGGGACGGAGUGGGUGGAUGGGGACGGGGAGGUGGUCAUUAGGAUGGAGGCUAGGCCGCGGUCUGUGAUGGCUGCGGGGGUGGGCAUGCCGAGCGCGAGGUAG